GGGCGGUAUAUAAUGAUGUCUUUGGGAUGAAGCCAGCUGGACCCACGACAACCCCCUUAUUUCCUAGAGAUGUUCCGAUUCACUGCAAUUCUUGCGAUAGUUUCCCUCGUUCCAUCCAUAGUGACUGCCCAGGCUUCACUUUAUGGCCAGUGUGGAGGCGUCGGUUGGACUGGUGCUACAACCUGUGAUUCAGGGUCUAGUUGUCAAGAAAUAAACUCGUACUACUCCCAGUGUUUACCAGGGUCCACAACUGUCCCCACAACACCAACAACCCAGCCUGCUUCGGCUAGUGGUACGACAACUUCAUCGGCUCCAACUUCGACCGCUACUGGUGCUGCGGGUAAUCCGUUUACGGGCUAUGAGAUUUAUCUUAGCCCCUAUUACGUUGCUGAGGUGCAAGCUGCAGUCGCCAACAUCACUGACUCUGCACUCCAAGCGAAGGCUUCAAAGGUUGCUAAUAUACCAAACUUUACGUGGCUAGACGAAGUUGCGAAGGUACCGACCCUCGGCACAUAUCUUGCGGACGCCGACGCUCUUGCGAAAAGCUCAGGAAACGAGCAGCUUUUGCAAAUUGUUGUAUACGAUUUACCUGAUCGUGACUGCGCUGCAGCAGCGUCUAAUGGAGAAUUCUCCAUUGCUAAUAACGGCCAGGCAAACUAUUUCAAUUACAUUGAUCAGAUCGUUGCGCAGAUUCAGAAGUAUCCGGGUGUACGCGUAGUCGCAAUCAUUGAGCCCGACUCCAUGGCCAACCUGGUGACAAACCUGAGCGUUGCCAAGUGUGCAAAUGCUGCGUCCACUUACAAGGCCUGCGUUCAAUACGCCCUCGAACAGCUGGCUACUGUUGGUGUAUACAUGUAUCUUGAUGCUGGUCACGCUGGAUGGUUGGGCUGGCCCGCUAACCUGUCCCCCGCCGCUCAGUUGUUUGCUCAGACCUACCAGGCUGCUGGAUCAUCCCCUUUCUUCCGUGGUCUUGCAACAAAUGUUGCCAACUAUAAUGCCUUGACGACAACCUCACCAGACCCCAUCACUCAGGGUGACGCAAACUACGACGAGUUGCUGUAUAUUCAAGCAUUAUCUCCGCUUUUGAUCGAGCAGGGCUUCCCCGCACAGUUUAUUGUUGACCAAGGUCGUUCCGGCGUACAGAACAUCCGCAGCGCAUGGGGUGAUUGGUGCAAUGUCAAGGGUGCUGGAUUCGGAACGCAACCUACUACAAACACGGGCUCCAGUCUUAUUGAUGCUAUUGCCUGGAUCAAACCUGGCGGCGAGUGUGAUGGAACUAGUGACAGUUCAUCGCUUCGUUACGAUCCUCAUUGCUCUUUGUCCGACGCGCUCCAACCUGCACCAGAGGCGGGUACUUGGUUCCAGACAUAUUUCGAGCAGCUCGUAUCCAAUGCCAAUCCGGCGUUAUGAUCGUAUCAUUCGAUAUUCACGGAUCAGACCUUGGAUCAAGUUAUCAUAAAACUCGCGGGUUUCCGUCCAUGAAUUCCAAAUUUUACCUAGCUUAUCUUUUGCAUUGCCAAUGAGGUAUUGCUGUAUUGUUCCUGUACACUAGAGAAUGAUACCAUCCGCGUAUCCCAGUCUGCAAAUUGUAUUACAAAUCCAGUUCGUGGGGGGUAACAAUAUUAAAUUUCUUUGCAAAAUCGAUAGAGCUGCUCUCAGCUGUUGCCAGUAAACACUAUAUUAACUUUUCGUCUCUUCCCACAGAGCAUAUCUGGAGAUGACACUCAAGGGGAACGGAAGAGGCCGUGACUGGUUCGUGGUCCCUGUAUCAGACAAGUCGGUAUAAACACAAGAGCGAUUCGGAACGGAAGCCACGCCUUCCUUCCGGUGUGGCAUGGUCAAUACGAGUGUGUGGAUUAUGAGCACAGCCAGAACUGAUUCAGGAAUGAAAGAAUGCCCACGGGAAUUGGAGACCAGGAGACAGGCCUUUGAGUACCUGUUCGUGCCCACCAUAACCACAAGAUUGAUGAUGAGAUCUCAAUUCUAUCGAACUGCGUCCAGCUGAUUGAUCUAAGCCGGAGAUGUGAGGCAUGGAUAAGUCGUCCGGGGAGACAAACAUGAGCUUGGACGUGGUUGGAGACACCCUGUGUGCGGAUAUUGCUGGCGUAGCCCAUAUAGCUUUCUGGUUACAGCCCAAGCCCCUGGUGGAGAAUCGCUUUCAAUUGAGUCGAGUUGAUGCUCUUCAAAGCAAGUUGUAACCACAUAUGCAUUGGUAAAAGAAUUUAAUACGAAAAUGCGAUUGCCAAGUGCUAAUGAGACACUCACCAUUUCCGUUCCCAUGAAAUGCGGCCUAAAUACACCAAUAUGUGAGAAAGGGUGCGGAGCUCAGUGGUAUUGACUGUGCAAGGCUGCAAGUGUACUCCAGCGCCAGUAAGUUGCCACU